GGGGAGUUGCCUGAGGCUGAAGGUCUGCAGCCUCCUCCUUGAAGAGCAGCGGUCCUGUGGUGAGCUUCCCCAGAGGGCGUGUCUGGCAGGGCCUGGGUUGUGUUUCAGGCACUAUUCUGUUGCUCUUGCCUUCCCUCCAGCUUUGCAAGGAGAGAAAUGCUGGUGUUUGAGGAGUCUGUCGAGGCAAGGAUGAGCUGUCCCAGCAGUUCCCCAUGGGGACCCUGGGCGCGCCUGACUCUAUGCUUCUCUUUCAGGAUGCACACAACUGCAUCCCCGAGCUGGACAGCGAAACGGCCAUGUUCUCGGUCUACGAUGGACACGGAGGGGAAGAGGUCGCCCUAUACUGUGCCAAGUAUCUCCCGGGGAUCAUCAAGGACCAGAAAGCCUACAAGGAAGGCAAACUGCAGAAGGCCCUGGAAGACGCCUUCCUAGCCAUCGAUGCCAAGCUGACCACGGAGGAGGUCAUCAAGGAGCUCUCCCAGAUGGCUGGACGCCCCCAAGACGAUGAGGAUGAGAAGGAGAAAGUGGCUGAUGAAGAUGAUGUCGACAACGAGGAGGCCGCCCUCCUGCAUGAGGAAGCCACGAUGACCAUCGAGGAGCUGCUGACCCGUUACGGGCAGAACUGCACCAAGAACCUCAAGAGCAAGCCGGGCGCAGCCGGGGAGGCGGGCAGGGAGCACGGCGGGGAGGCCAGCAUGAACGGGGAGGCCACCCCCGGGGAGCUGGCCGAGCACAAGGAGAGGGACAACAGCAAGCCAGAUGAGGAGGCCACAGGCAUUUCCUCCACCUCAGACAGAGCGGGUGCGGGGGGCGACAGCUCUGCAGCUGGGAAAGCCGACCUGGGCCGGGGCGAAGAGGCGGUCACCUCAUCCACUGGGGAAGCUGGGCCCUCCUGCUCCUCCACAGGGAAGCCCCAGCGCACCACCAAAUCCAAGUUCUUUGAGGACAGCGAGGACGAGUCGGAUGAGGCGGAGGAGGAGGAGGAGGACAGUGAGGAGUGCAGCGAGGAGGAGACUGGCUACAGCAGCGAGGAGGCAGAGAACGAGGAGGAUGAGGAUGACACAGAAGAGGCUGAGGAGGACGAGGAUGAAGAAGAAGAGAUGUUGUUACCGGGCAUGGAGGGGAAAGAGGAGCCUGGCUCUGACAGUGGGACGACGGCCGUCGUAGCCCUGAUCCGGGGCAAGCAACUAAUCGUGGCCAACGCUGGGGACUCCCGCUGCGUGGUGUCCGAGGGCGGAAAAGCCGUGGACAUGUCAUAUGACCACAAGCCCGAGGACGAGGUGGAGUUGGCCAGGAUAAAAAACGCCGGCGGGAAGGUCACCAUGGAUGGGAGAGUGAAUGGCGGCCUCAAUCUGUCCCGAGCGAUCGGUGACCACUUCUACAAGCGGAACAAGAACCUGCCCCCAGAGGAGCAGAUGAUCUCCGCCUUGCCGGACAUCAAGGUGCUCACAAUCAGUGACGACCACGACUUCAUGGUCAUCGCCUGCGAUGGGAUCUGGAACGUCAUGAGCAGCCAGGAAGUGGUGGACUUUGUGCAGUCCAAGAUCACCCAGAAGGACGAGAAUGGAGUCCUGCGGCCUCUCUCCGCCAUUGUAGAAGAGCUCCUGGAUCAGUGCUUGGCUCCAGACACCUCCGGGGAUGGCACUGGCUGCGACAACAUGACCUGCAUCAUCAUCAGCUUCAAAUCCCGCAACACACAGGCCCCCGCCCCCGAGAGCAGCAAGCGGAAACUGGAGGAGGAGGCAGCGGUGCUGGCGGCGGCAGCAGCGGAGGAGAACGGCAGCGACAGCAGCAAGAAGGCCAGGCUGGACUAGUCGGCCCCGCACAGAGACUGCCAGGCGCUCGCCAGACUCUCGUUUCUUAACCGCGCUGAACUCAAGACGCCCAAGUCUUGUCCUUUUUUAGCCUUAGCAGAGGCCUCGUUGUCUGUGUCCCGGGCGGGGUGGGCGGGGGGCGGUCACCAGGGCAUGUCGCGCUGUUCAUUUGUAACCAUUCCAAAGGGUGAGCUGAGAGCGGAGCUGCCGUGCGGGCAGCCCUGGAGCGGCGGGGGGGGGGCG